AUGGCUACGUUACGCGUUGCGUCGUCCGCAACAGCUGCAGUCGGAGUAUCACCGUGCGCAGUUUCAGCGACCAGGCAACAGCACGCUCAAAUCUCCUUCCUAAGCACGGUGAAAAAUGCUCCGCUAAGAGCAGCUUCUUAUCGAAGCGCAAAAGUUCUCCCCUCGCCAACAUUGCGACCCACAGCAGCCUUCUCAGAUAAUUCUUCUUCCGCAUCGCCGCAUCGCCAUUCGCUCUUACGCUCGGAAGUAGCGAUUGAGAAUCGCGAAGCUUCGUGGAGCAAGCAAUCCGCGGUUGUGACGCGGAGCGGCGAUGGCGCAACGGCGGACGCGGCAGCAGUCGAUGCGAAGAGCCAGCUGAUUAAAACGAUUCAGCUGGGAUCGCUGUUCGGGCUGUGGUACCUCUUCAACAUCUACUUCAACAUUUACAACAAGCAAGUGCUCAAGGUGUUCCCUUACCCGCUCACGAUCACGACGGUGCAAUUCGCCAUCGGCGCCAUCGUGGUGCUGCUGUCGUGGGCCACCAACAUCGUCAAGCGCCCCACCAUUUCCAAGGCACAGCUCCUGGCAAUCCUGCCCCUGGCACUGGUGCACACCAUGGGCAACGCGUUCACCAACGUCAGCCUCGGCAAGGUGGCCGUGUCGUUCACGCACACUAUCAAGGCGCUCGAGCCAUUCUUCUCCGUCACGCUCUCCGCGCUGCUGCUGGGCGAGCAACCCACGCUGCCGGUCAUCCUUGCGCUCAUGCCCAUCGUGGGAGGCGUGGCGCUCGCCUCGGCCACCGAAGCUUCCUUCAACUGGGCGGGCUUCCUGUCAGCCAUGGCGUCCAACCUCACCUUUCAGUCGCGCAACGUGCUCAGCAAGAAGCUCAUGAUCAAGAAAGACGCCUCGCUGGACAACAUAAACCUCUUCUCCAUCAUCACCAUCCUCUCCUUCUUCCUGCUGCUGCCCGUCGCACUCCUCACAGAGGGCAUCAAGUUCAGCCCCAAGCUGCUGCAGGCGCAGGGAGUGGACGUGCAGAGGCUGAUCGUCCGAUCCACGCUCGCUGCCCUCUGUUUCCAUGCCUACCAGCAGGUCUCGUACAUGAUUCUGCAGCGUGUCUCCCCAGUCACCCACUCGGUCGGCAACUGCGUUAAGAGAGUCAUCGUUAUAGUCACAUCCGUGCUCUUCUUCCGAACCCCCGUCUCCCCGAUUAACGCCAUUGGCACUGCGAUUGCACUGGGGGAAACGUGCAACGAAGGAGCACUGCUCCACCCUUCCGCCAUGGCUUCCAACUCCGUGUUUGCUGCUGUGCUCCUCCUCGCUCUCUCCCUACCCUUCGUCCUUGCUGGAAACGCUGCUGGCGCGGAAAAAUCGUCUCAGUCCAACUAUCAGUAUGAUGCUAACGGGAACAUUAUCCUGUCUCCCGCGGGGAACAACAACAACAACGGCAACGGGCAGGGCACAUCUGCGGCCGUGAUCGAUUGGUACAACGAUGAGGAGUAUCCCACUUGCCCGCUUAAAGCCUGCCCGGAAUUCAAGCACUAUUGCUCGGGCGGCAUGUGCAACGACACGGCCGGCAUCCUCGGCCGCUGGAGGCUCCCCGAGCAGUCGUCGCUCGUGUGUCCGCCGGGGCGCGCCAAUCCGAAGCCCAACAACGAGUGGUGCAUCGGAGAGCUCACACCGUCGCAGUGCUGCAAGGCGUGCUCCGAGAGCAAGGAGCCAUGCGCCAUGUGGCAGCACUACAUUGGAUUUACCUUCCCCUCUACUGAAUCCGCCUCCCUUCCGUCACGGCCCCCUUCCUCUUCCCCCGCCCCGUCCGCCUUCCCGCUCUUCUCCGCCCCCUUGCCCGCGGUGCUUCCCCCGCCGCCCUCUCUCCCUCACCUGCUUCCCAGGCAGCAGCAGCGACUGGCGCUCUAUCUCGACCUGCUUUUGGACUGGAAUCAGCGCAUGAACCUGACAGCAGUGUCCAGUCGCACAGAAGCAGAGCAACGCCACAUAGCCGACUCCCUCUCACUCAUCCCUGUCAUCUUGGCCCUCACAGCACCACCGCUCUCAACCGUGCCAUCUGCUGCUGCACCACUCCCUACCGCAUCCCCUCCUACCGCAUCCCUCCCUACUGCACCACUCCCCACCGCACAAAUCCCUACUGAACCUCCUUCCACCGUACCUCUUCCCACAGCACCACUCUCCACUGCACUCUCUGCUCCCAAGCGCACCAUAGACCCCCCCACUGCGGCACCGUCCCCUGCUGCGCCACGUGGCACGCUGCGAUUGGUGGAUGUGGGCACGGGAGCGGGGCUACCAGGUGUCGUGCUGGCAGUGGCCCAGCCCACGUGGCAUGUGACUCUGGUAGAAUCUCUAAACAAGAGAUGCGAUUUCCUGUCGCAUGUGGUGCAGCGGUUGGGGCUGAGUAACGUUCAAGUGGUGUGUGGGAGAGCAGAGGAGGAGGUGGCAGCAGCGUCUGACUCUGCUUCUCUGCUCGGUGCUCAACUCGUUCGAGUCUAUGAGGUGGCAUCGUCAAACACUAACGGCCAGCGCACAGCAGUGAUCUACAAGAAGGUUGAGCUAACUCCUUCCAAGUACCCAAGGCGACCUGGAAUGCCCUCCAAGCGACCACUGUGA